AGGAGGGUGGAAGUGCUGGUACUGAUACCAAGAGGAAGCUAUAAAACCGAGUGACUUACUCUGCCUGUCCAGCAUGGAAGAAGAGAAGAGAUACCCAGUAAACGUUCGCCUUAUCGGAGUGUUGCACAAGGAGGCAAGCAAACUGUACAUGACCUCCGUUCUUUGGUCAGAUCAAAACGAGCUCAUCAUCUACAGAAACCUGGAGGACUUCAAGACACUGCAUAAACAACUGAAGAAGAAGUUCCCCUCAAGCUCUCUAAGAAAGUCAGAAAGAGUUGUUCCCAAGUUCAAAGCUAAGGUGCGAGGCGCUCAGAGGAAGGGUGUGGGCCGGUCAGUGCUGAGGCUGCGCUCUCUGGAGCAGUACUGCAGCGCUCUGCUCACCGAGCCGCGCAUCGCUCAGAGCCCCGAGCUCAGCAGCUUUCUGCUGCCCAGACCAGACGACCUCAAACCUGAAUUCGCACAGAACAGCAUUAUGAUCAUGCCGUCUGAAGAGUCCCUGGGCAGAAGCGGUGGUAGAGAAUCAGAUGCUGGAGUAACGCAGCCGUUUGUGACCGAGACGUAUCGCUGCAUCGCUGCCUACAAGACAAAAGACACAAAGAACCGACCCUUCAAGGUUGAGGCGGAUGAGAUUCUGGAUGUGCUCAUCAAGGACAAAGCAGGAUGGUGGUUGGUGGAGAACGAGGCCAAGUGUCUCGCCUGGUUUCCUGCUCCAUAUCUGGAAAAGGCAGAGAUGGAUUAUGAUGACGAUGAGGAUCUGGCAGAUGGUGAAUGUGUUUUGUAUGUUGCUGCCAGAAGUUACAAAUCCAUGAACAGAGACGAACUAUCUUUAGAGAUUGGCUCCGUGGCUGAGGUGCUUCAAAGAACUGAUAACGGAUGGUGGCUUGUCAGAUACAACAGCAGGACGGGCUACGUCCCUUCCAUGUACCUGCAGCCAUACAAUAACCCACAAGCACGCGUAGUUAUUGCUCAAAGGGAGAAUCGUGGUUCUUCACUAAACCUGGCUGAGCUGCAGAACCCAGGCCACGAGCUUAGUCGAUCCCAGGGCAACCUCCUGCAGCUCCCAGGCAAUGGCUUGCGUCUCGCGGGUAAGCCCAAAUCCUGCUCCAUGGAUGUGAUCCCUCACCCCCAGGCCAGUCCCAUGGCCCAGCGGGUCGCACCCACCAUCCAGGUGCAGCCUGCAGAGGAGGGAAGAGACAGAAGCCUUAGCAGUGUCAGCAAGGGCAGCGAGACAGGCUUCAGCGACGACAGUAGCUCCUCAGACAACGAGUCCCGCAGCACCAGCCCCUCAGACAUCCAGCAGAGUCGCACCCCCACACCCAUAGUAACCGGCCGCUUGACACCGAGCAGCACCAAAGAGGGCAAGCUAACGACCAGCACCUCUGACCCUAACAUGUUCAAGCUGCCUAGCACCCCCAAAGUACCCCCCAGGCCUCAGGCGCAGGAGAUCCUCAAACGCUGCACUACCAUCACCCGCAAAAAUGCCUCCAAGAACCAACAGUCACCUCCGCUUGAGGUCUACAGUCGCUGA